AGUUGCAGGAGUUUCCUUUCCAGGCUUCCUUCCCUGUGAGUGUGUUUUGGGUGAGAAGUGGAGGCAGAAUCCAAUUGCUCAGUCUUUGUGUUGGGUUUUCCCUCUGUGCUAGUCCUCUUUCUCCCCAGCACAAUGACUCCUGUCUGGAUUGUCUCUCUCCCAGCACAUCAUGAGAGAAUGAGUGAGAAUGAAGAGGAGAAUCAUGAUGCAGAAGUUCCUGGGUUGGAAUUGGAGACUCCCUCACUGGUUCCUCUAAAGAAGAACCCCAACGUUGUAGUGGUGUCUGAAAAAUACAACCUGAUGCCGAUGAAGAGACAGAGCACGUCCGCCCCCUCUGGAGACAACCCACCAGUAGAGAAGAAAUGCAAGCCUCUGAACACCACCCCCAACAGCACCAAGGAAAUCAAAGUUAAGAUCAUCCCCGCGCAACCAAUGGAGGGCUUGGGCUUCCUGGAUGCCCUUAACUCUGUCCCCAUCCCGGGGAUCAAGAUCAAAAAGAAAAAGAAAGUCUUGUCUCCUACUGCAGUCAAGGCGAGCCCGUUUGAAGGGAAGCCAGUCCCAGAAGCGAGCGCUGUUAAACCAUCCUCUCCAGAACCUGGUACUGCAUCCAAGCCCGUGGAGGUGGAUCGGCCCGGCACUCCUGUGCCGGCAGUAGAGGUCCCAGAGCUGAUGGAGACCGCCUCGUCUGAGCAGAACUUGGAUGCCAAGCCCUCCGAGAGCGCCGCUGACUCCGUGUGGCUUACCAAGAAGGGCAAGAAGAAGAAGACAGUGACUUGGCCUGAGGAGAGCAAGCUGCGGGAGUACUUCUACUUCGAGCUGGAUGAGACUGAGUUAGUCAACGUGAACAAGAUCAAGGACUUUGGCGAGGCAGCCAAGCGGGAGAUGCUGAAGGACCAGCACGCCUUCAAGACGGCGCGCCGGCUCAGCCACAAUGCCAUGGGGAAGAAGGUGCCCUGGGUUUACCCCAAGCUCAUCGAUCUGCCUAGCCCCUUGGUGCAGCCGGGCAGCGGCAGCCGCGAGAAGUUCACCCAGGCCGAGAGGGAGAAGGGCAUCCUGCAGGAGAUCUUCCUCUCCAAGGAGAGCGUUCCAUACAGUCUCCACGAACCCGACCCGGAGUCGUACGAACCCCUGCCGCCCAAACUCAUCCCGCUCGACGAGGAAUGCACCAUGGACGAGGCCGCCUACCAGGAAGGACUCGACUCAGCCGCCGCCUCGCAGUCUCUUGGCGGAUCCUGGGCCUCCAAGCUGCCUCCAGUGCUGGCCAACCUGAUGCCGGGCCCUGUGUUCCCCAAGAGCCCUCUGGACCCCAACCCCAGCUCCUCCAUGAACGUGCAGGAGAUCCGCCCCUCCAUCACGGGCGGGCCCAACAGCCACAAGACGGAGGAGCUAAUGAAACAGCCGGAUUACUCGGACAACAUCAAACACUUGCUUGGCAACCUCCAGACACAGCCCCCGGGGCCCUCAGGAGUGCCCCAUGGGCUGCUGGGCCAAGGGCCUCUUGCCAAUGGAUUCCCACCUGGACCAAAGAACGUGCAGCAUUUCCCUCCCGGGGGACCAGGACCCAUGCCUGACAUGUCGCACCGCCCCGUGUGUCGCCACUUCAAGUUGAAAGGCAGCUGCAGGUAUGAGAACAACUGUGCCUUCUACCAUCCCGGAGUGAAUGGGCCGCCCCAUUGCAGCACCCAGGGUCCUCCCCCCAGUCUGCCGACGCCCUGUGAAACCGCCCAACACAGCCGCCCCCACUUCAUGGACUCUGGGGUGCCCGCUGUCAGACUUGGGCUGCAUCCACCACUUAUGGCUUCUGUGAGGCCUUGUAAUGCCCGGAAGAGGAAGAGGAAGAAGAAGAAGCAACCCCCCCUGAUGGCUGCUGCUACUGAGGAACCACUGCGGGGGGAAUUCCCCCCACAACUCAACUCCCUCCUGUAUUUUAACAUGAUGGUGGCGCUGAUGAGACAUGACUUUGCACCCCCCAAGUGACUUUUUGUAAGCACUAGAGCUGCCACCUGUGGGUUGUUACCACUGUGUACAUCUCUGUGGAGCUAGCAAAGGUGUAAAAGGGGGUGUUGCAUGGCUGCCCUACCCGGCUCCGGGCUGUGAUCUGUCCACAGGUUCGCCUGCUGCAGACCUAAUCUGAAGACAUUUUGCCUGGGGAGACUUGACCCUGAGGAGCAGCUGGCCACACUGCUUGGCUCCCCCCAGGGGUGAAAGUAACUUAAAGGACUUGCCGGUACACCAGAGUCCUGCGGAGGGGGAGGGGCCUCAACCAGAAGAGGCGUGGCCUCUAUCAGAAGAGGUGGGGCCUUUAAAUCCCAGGGCUUUUAAAUCAGGAUUUAAAGGGCUUAGUGAUUCAGCUAAAGCUAGGAGCUGGGCCCUUUAAAUCACCCUCGGAGCUACCAGCUGCAGAGGCAGCUGGGAACCCUGGGGUUUGGGCAGGGGUGAAAGUAAUUUACAUUUCUGACCCAUAUGGUCCAAUCACAAGCAA